UUUUCAUACUUGUGGUUGUGGGCUGUGACGAUAAAAUAUAAAUACUUACGUCUCCACUCUCCAGUUGUUGUGUUUCUAUUUCCAAUUAACAUACAUUUGAAUUUUUAUUUUUAAAGAGUUUCUUACUAUAAACUAAAUAUGGGUGUACCAAAGUUCUUUCGGUAUACUAGUGAGAGAUAUCCUUGCCUAAAUGAACUGGUGAAGCAGUAUCAGAUUCCUGAUUUUGACAACAUGUAUUUAGAUAUGAAUGGUAUUAUACACAACUGUUCUCAUCCAGAUGACUCAAAUCCUCACUUUAGGAUAACAGAAGAGAAGAUAUUCAAGGAUAUAUUUCAUUACAUCAGUAUUUUAUUUCAAAUCAUUAAGCCUAAGAAAUUAUUCUUCAUGGCUAUUGAUGGUGUUGCCCCUAGGGCUAAAAUGAACCAACAAAGAGGAAGAAGAUUUAGAUCUGCAAGGGAAGCAGAGAAAUUGGAGGAGGAGGCAAAAGCAAAAGGAGAAGUACUACCUUCAGAGAAAAGAUUUGACAGCAAUUGUAUCACACCUGGUACAGUGUUCAUGGCACGUCUGCACGAGCAGUUGAAGUAUUUUGUCAAAAUGAAAAUAUCCACAGAUCCGUUGUGGUCUAAGGUCAAGGUCAUUUUAACUGGCCAUGAGACGCCUGGUGAAGGGGAACAUAAGAUAAUGGACUACAUACGCUGGUCCCGCUCCCAGCCGGACUAUGAUCCAAAUACAAGACAUUGCCUGUAUGGUUUGGAUGCGGAUCUCAUCAUGCUGGGAAUGUGCACACAUGAGCCACAUUUUGCACUCUUGAGAGAAGAAGUAAAAUUUGGUAAAAACACACAAAGAGCAACAAGCCCAGAGGAGACAAAUUUUUAUCUUUUACAUUUGUCUCUACUCAGGCAAUACCUGGAGCAAGAGUUUAUAUCAAUAAAAGAUAAGCUGCCGUUUGAAUAUGACUUGGAGAAAAUUGUUGACGAUUGGGUGUUAAUGGGAUUUCUAGUGGGGAAUGACUUUAUACCUAAUCUACCCAACAUGCACAUUAAUAAUGAUGCAUUGCCGUUACUAUACAAGACAUAUUUAACAGUUCUGCCAACUUUGGAUGGCUAUAUAAACGAAGCGGGUGACUUACACCUUGAAAGGUUUGAGACAUUUAUGCAGGAGUUAGCGAAAAUUGACAAAGAAAAGUUUCAAGAUACCUAUGCCGAUCUUAAAUACUUUGAAGGAAAGACGGGAAGAAGACCAAAUGAUAGGGAAAGGAAGGAGUACAAACCAAACAACGACGAGACGUUCAACGUAAACAUCGAUGACAUCAAGGCGAACAAGCCUGAUGAUGAACUGCAAGCUCUCAUCAAUGCCACACAAGAAAUGUUUGUGGACGACAUAGAACUAGAUGGCGAUGAUGAAUUUGAUGAGACAAGUGAUGAAGAGGCCAAUAUUGAAAUGGAGUUCAUUAUGCAUAAGAAAGACUAUUACAUGAAUAAAUUGGACUAUUCUAAAGUUACUGAGGAAGUUCUGGCCGAUCAAGCGGAAUGUUACGUACGCGCAAUACAGUGGAACUUGUACUAUUACUACAAGGGCUGCCCAUCGUGGUGUUGGUACUACCCACACCACUACGCGCCCUAUAUAUCUGAUAUAAAGGGUUUCAAGGAUCUCAAGUUUGAUUUUGAGCUAGGAGAGCCAUUUAAACCGUUCGAGCAGCUUCUAGCUGUGUUGCCCGCUUCCAGUAAGCACUUGUUGCCAACACCUUUCCAUGAUCUGAUGACAGAUGAGGACUCUCCUAUCGUACACUACUAUCCUAUCAACUUUGAAACUGAUCUCAACGGCAAGAGGAAUGAUUGGGAGGCUGUUGUGCUUAUACCGUUCAUUGAUGAGACAAACCUGCUUUCUGCAAUGAUCCCUUGCUAUCAGCGGUUAACAGAAGCGGAGCUACAACGGAACACGCACGGACCUAUCCUAGUCUACAACUGGACCUCCGACAAUAUGGGUGUCGCUCUAGCACCGGAUUACUUCCCUCCUGUCCAAGAAUGCCACGCCUCAGAACAGGCAGUGUGGAGAACUGAGCUGGACGUUCCCGAGGAUCAACUGCAGAGAGGCAUGCUGCCUAACGCUAAACGAGACUUUGUCUUCCCGGGAUUCCCCACCAUGCGACAUCUUAAAUAUCAGACAUGUUUGAAGAAGUGCAGAGUGAAAGUGUUCGACCAGCCGUCACGUAAUGAGAGCAUGAUAGUUCAGGUCCUACCGGAGGAGUCCACAAACCCACCACUGGAGAAGGUGGCUUCGGAAUUAUUGGGCAAAGUCAUCUGGGCCGGGUGGCCUCAUCUCACAAGAGCUAAAGUAAUAUCAGUAUCGAAUGAGAAAUUCCGUCUCCACCACAUCAACAAACAGAACAACAACAGCGAGGUGGAAUACUCGACGGAAAAAAACGAGGGAAACAUGCACAAGCAAUGGAUAUCUGAACGGUCCACCGUUAUUGAACACAAUAUGAAUCGUCUAGGAAUAGAACUGGGAGAUGUCCAUGUCCUGAUUCACGCUGUUAACUUAAAGGGUUACAAAUACAUAAUACAAGACAAUACCCGAAUGGUGCUCGAGGAGGAUUGGUGUACCAUGCCCUGUGGCUAUGCUCUCCAGGCCAUCGUACCCAACGUCAAGUGUUCUCAGCUGCGGCCUCCAACCAAGUUCUACACCCCGGCUGAGGCCUACCCGCCCGGCGAUUCGGUGUUCCUACUGACACAGGGACAGUACUACGGCUGUUUGGCUACUGUGGUCAGCUCCGACUCGGUCCGCAGCGGGCGCAUUAAGGUGUGCGUGACUGAGAGUAUCGAGCCCUCGGCCCGCGUGCGGCCACACAACAGUUACCAGUACCGGACGGCGCAUCACGCCGCCGCCGCCUGUGGUAUAUCACCGCAGAUGCUAUCCCGCAUCACUGGCUCCGUGCUGGUGAUCCUGGGUCCUAGGACCGACCUGCCCACAGAGACGCAGAGCAAAAUAAACAUUGGGCUAAACCUCAAGUUUAAUAAAAAGAACGAAGAGGUAGCGGGCUACACGCGCCGCUGCGGCACGACCAACACGUGGCUGUACACUGAGCGGUGCGUGCAGCUGGUGACGUCAUACGCGCAGCACUUCCCCGAGCUGUUCGACAAGCUGGCGUACUCGCUCAACCGGGACGUGUUCUACGAGGGAGACCUGUGGCCGGAAGACAUGGGAACCAAGAUCCCACAAACGGUUCAAAAAUGGCUGAAAAGUCAGCCGCAUACUUCUGCGGUGCGGCGGGACUGCGGCUCCGAGGUGCUGGAGCCGGAGGAGAUGAAGGCAUUGUGGAGCGACCUGGAGCAGCAGCUGGCGGAGCUCAGGGGCUCGGAGAAGAAGGUCACGCUGCAUGUCAAGUGGAAUCUGCUGUAUAAGCCGGAGCUGCACGAAGGGAACACGAGUCCAGAUGAUAAGGCCACGUUCGAACUGUACGACCGCGUGGUGUGCGUGUCGCCGCACAUGACCGUGCCGCUGGCAGCCACCGGCACCGUGACGGCCGUGUACCCGCCCGCUGGCGCCAACACCGUGCGGCUGGCAGACAAACUGAAUGCACGCAGCACCUACCAGGUGAUGUUUGACAAACCAUUCCCAGGUGCACUUGUGGAGGAUCUGUUCGAAGAAGCGAGGUUUUAUAGAAUGUCAUCAAGCAACCUGCUGAACCUGUCGUUCGGCCGCAAGCUGCGUCCCCCCCCCUCCGGCGACGUGUGUCGUGUCCCUCCUACCGCCGUGCUGCGGCGAGACUCCGCCCACCACUCCGCCUUCGCGAGUUACAGUCCGCCAAGGGACACCAAACCGGCAAUGAAGAAUCCACACGAAGUAGCAGCGACAUCGAAACCUGAUACACCCAAGGAUGAUCCGACUAUUUUGCUAAAGAGCCUGUUGAAGAUAAGCGAGAAUGAAACUGACCAGAAUAAACAGAAGAAGAGUAACGAGAAGGCGACCACGUGGCGCAACCAAGAUAACACACUUGUGACGCCGCCCCACAACUAUACACCGUCAAUUUGGAAUAUACUGUUCAGCCAGCCGCAACAGACCUGGCGGCGGGAUGCGGACAUGAGCCGUCCUCCGGCCAACUACAACGAACGAUCCAACAUCAAGUAUAAGAACGCCCCGCCGCUUCCGCCGUACCCGACGUUCCCGCAACAGUUCCCGGGCCCGCUGCUGCCGCCCAACUAUAACAAUUACAACAGCUACAACAACGGCGCCGGCAGCCAGCGGCCGCACAAGUUCCCGCAACACCUGCCCGUCGUCAACAACACCUUGCUGGCGCCCAGCUACAACAAGCCGCAGCACCAGAACCCUCAGGCCAUGCAGGCGCAGGCUCACACCAACCACGUGAACCUGAACCCCAACAACAUGCGGCAGCCACACAACGAGCGCGUCACCAACCCCUUCGUACCCUUACAAGUGCAGACCAGACGCGCGAAUCAUUCGGGUCGCAAUAUAGACAGCGUGUCAGCUCUCAUGACCGCACCCGCAUCUACAAACCCGCACACGCUGCCCAAACCGCAGCCGCAGUCACAGGCACCGCAGAAUCAACAUAGUGGACCGAGACGACCAAAGACGAAGAAGCCAAGAAUAGCGGCCAAUCUACCCUUCCAGAUGGAAUAGAUAAUAAGUAUUAAUGAUCUCCUGUACAUGUAGGUAGACUCAUAUUUUUAUUUACAUCUUUGACGACUUAAGAUAAUGUAGGAAAAAUUGUGUCUAGAUGUAUGAUUACUUGAUAAUGAAACUCAUUGUUGUAUGUACAAUCAUAGAUGGAAAGCAUUUCUUAUUUUGUAAAUAUCAAUUAUUAAGUGACAUAAUAUUGUAUGAUCGGUAGUUGUAUGAAAAAUAAAAUGUUCCUUAUUUUGUCAAAUGAAUGUCUUAUUAAAAUAAAACAAUGUUAAUUUAAUUA